AUGUCGUCUUUACGGAAUAGCGUCCAGCGGCGCGCUCAUCGCGAGCGGGCGCAGCCCCUGGAACGGCAGCGGCUCGGCCUGCUCGAGAAGCACAAGGACUACCAAAAGCGGGCGAAGGACUACAACAAGAAGAAAGCCGUGCUCAAGUCACUGCGGCAAAAGGCCGCCGAGCGCAACGAGGAUGAGUUCUACUUCGGCAUGAUGUCCCGCAAGGGCCCGGGCUCCUCCAUCACGCGCGGCAAGUCCUUCACCGGCAUGGUUGACGGCGACCGCGGCAACAAGGCGAUGGACGUGGACACGGUCCGGCUUCUCAAGACGCAGGAUCUAGGCUACAUCCGGACGAUGCGGAAUGUGGCUGCCAAGGAGGUGCGCGAGCUGGAGGAGCGGUUCGUCCUUGCUGGCGGGACGGAGCAGGUCGGGGACGAUGAGGACGAGGACAGCGAUGACGACGUGGGCCCGCCUACCUCUCAACCACAAAAGCCUAAAAAGAUCGUCUUUUUCGAUGCGCCCGAGGAGAGAGAGCGGGCGUUGGAAGCACAAGCGGAUGAUGAAGACGACGAGAUGCAAGACGACGACGGAGGGGAGGAGGAGGAUGAGCAGGCAGUAGCGGCACGUCGGAAAGCACAGAAUCUGGAGAAGCUCGGGCGGAGACUAAAGGCGGCUAAGAAGAAGCUCAAAGCGCUGGCGGACGCCGAAUACGAGUUGGAGUUGCAGCAGGCCAAGAUGGCAAAGACGGCGACGUCAGGGGGUAUCACAAAGAGCGGUCGAAGGUUGAGAGUAAGGGAGAGGAAGAGGUAG